AUGGACACUCGGCAGCGUUUCCGACCCCUUGCCUCCGAGAACAACAUUGCACCCAGCCUGCACCACCGUCACAAGUCUACCGGAAGCCUCGCCGGCAUGGUGUCCGCCGCCACCGCGGGCUUCCGCGGCCCAGCCAAGCGUGCUGCCUUUGGCGAUGUGACCAAUACGUCCAGGCACUCUGCUGCUCAUGAAGGUGCCAAAGCUGGCCUCAAAGCCCAGUCUGCCGCUAUCUCGACGCAUGGCCCCAUCGGUUCGAAUCUGAACAAGGAGAAUGCUGCCUACAGCAAGGAUUCUCUGUCUCGCGCAGCUCUUCGCUCCGGUGCUCUUGGCAACAAAAUCAUCAAGCCUCUUUCUGAGAGCCAAUCAAUCCAAGCGCCCAAGCCUCCUGCUCACCAGCAGCAACCUCUUGCUCACCAUGACAUCGAGGUCUCUGUAAACCUGCCUCUUACACGAUUCUCCAAGGAGAAGCACGACCAGGUCUCUGCCCUUCUUGAGACCAACACAUCACACGCUGCAAAGCAACCUCGACACUACAGGAGCCAGCCUCAACUUAAACUGCAGCAACCCUCCCUGCGUAGAACGCAGAGCAAGUUUUUCGAAAAGAUUGACUACGAGUCAUCACAUCUCGACAUUCCGGAAGAGCCUGAGCUUGACGAGCUGCACGUUCCUGCUCUCGAGCAGGCGAGCGGCCACACCGUUUAUUUCGACACGGGCCCAUACCAUAUCGACUCUGAAUCACAGCUACCAGCGCUUGCGGCUGACGCGAUGCCACUUCUGGCUAACGGCUCUGCUGUUGCAGAGACUCGGCCCACCACCGGCCAUUCAUAUAAAGAAUCAUCAUACCCUGCUCUUUCAGAACCUGAAGAGUGGGACGAAGAAGAAGACGAGGAAUACGACGACCAGGAUCAAGCCUACACGACUGCGCAUAGUUUCCGAUCAAGAGACUACAACACUGUUGGUGCCACAACCUUACUUGCUCCUCGCGUGACGGCCCGCAUCCAGCGUGAGCUGGAGGAGGCUAGAUUCGAAGUGGAGAACUCAAGAUUUGCAGACGAUUUUGAGGAAGAGGCCUGGGAUGUCAGCAUGGUGGCCGAGUAUGGUGACGAAAUCUUUGACUAUCUGCGCGAGCUUGAGAUCAAAUUGCUUCCCAACCCCCACUACAUGGAGAUGCAAACAGAGAUUCAAUGGUCCAUGCGCUCGGUCCUGAUGGACUGGCUGGUGCAAGUCCACAGCCGGUUUGCUCUGCUGCCAGAGACGCUAUAUCUCACUGUCAAUUACAUCGACCGCUUCCUGUCCUACAAGAUCAUCUCGGUAACCAAACUGCAGCUCGUCGGCGCCACGGCCUUGCUCGUUGCGUCCAAGUACGAGGAAAUCAACUGCCCGUCGAUGGAUGAAAUCGUCUUCAUGGUCGACAAUGGCUACUCUCCGGAAGAGAUUCUCAAGGCUGAGCGCUUCAUGCUUAGCAUGCUCAACUUUGAGCUCGGCUGGCCGGGCCCAAUGAGUUUCCUGCGCAGAGUCAGCAAGGCUGAUGACUAUGAUCUGGAUACGCGUACGCUGGCCAAGUACUUUCUCGAGCUCACUAUUAUGGACGAGAGAUUCGUGGCCUCACCGCCCAGCUUCCUCGCAGCUGGUGCGCACUGCCUGUCAAGGCUAAUACUUAACAAGGGUGACUGGACCAAGGCCCACGUCUACUUUUCUGGCUAUACCUGGAGCCAGCUCAAGCCGCUCGUAACGAUGCUGAUCGAAUGCUGCGAGCAUCCUCGGUUGCACCAUGCAGCGGUCUAUGAGAAAUACCGCGAGAAGAGGUUCAAGGAGGCUGCAACGAUGGUGCAGCACGCUCUGGACAGCGGAUUCACACUACCACAUCACACGGCGCCGAUUCGGGCGUCGAAAUCUCACCCAGUGCAACCGCACGACACUUUGGAACAUUUACAGUAUACAAGCGGGCUUUUACCGCCAGUUGAGGGAUAA